AUGAAGAUGAUUCUACGACACUGCCUUUUCUUCAUUAUUGUUGGGCUGCACAUUGUUCCAAGAGUCUCCUGUCAGCAGCAAGCUCGGCGCACUGCCUCACAUCGAGGAUCAUCAUCCAAGCCGAAUAAUACGCGACAGGAUCGACAACGACGACGGCGUGACGACGACUUUGAAGACCGACGUUAUGGGUCACGUCAAGAUGAUAGUAGGAGAUCAUCAUCAGAUAAUAGACAUGACAAGACGCGGCAAGACUCCUUUUGGGCCGAAGAGGAGACAUCUACGGCCAUUGCAAAAAUUCUCAGGAAAACGAAACCAAGAGGACUCAUUCAUGGAAUAUGGAAGGCAUCCCAAAGCACGACGCUUGGAUUCCUGAUUGGAAUGACUUGCUUAAUUACCUUUCCAUCCGCUUCAUUAUUGUUGGUAGGAUUGCAAAUGAAGCCACUGCUCCUGUCGACCAUUUUGGGCAGCGUCAUGGGUCUUUCAGCGAUUAGCGUUGGAAUCUGGAAUGGCUUGUACCAUUGCUAUUGGGGGCUGGUCCAAAUGCCAAAGUCGAUUCAAUCUUGGUGGAAGGGAAGUGUUUGGAACCCCUAUGAUGGUGGUAGUUGGCAGAUGUACAAUUUGUGGGAGCAUCAACAAGAACUUCAGAGGGAACAACUAAGAUUAUCAUCCUCGGAAAACGACAAGCCCAACUACUAUCAGAUACUAGAAGUUCCUUCCAGUGCCAGCAAAUCGGAAAUCAAACGAGCCUACUAUGUCAAGGCCAAGGCAUUGCACCCGGACAAGAAUCCAGUACAAUCACAAGAAGCCGAAGAAGCGUUUUUGCAACUGCAAAAGGCCUACCAAACCUUGUCGGACGAAGCCCAACGCAGUUGGUACGACGAAGUGGGACAGACCUCAUCGCCGGCACAAGACAAGAUUGCUGCCAUGUUUCAUCCCAAUCUCUUCUUUUCCAUUCUCUUUGAUUCAAAUUCCCUCCAACCCUUUGUGGGAAAUUUGGCCGUAUCCUCUUGGACUCUAUCCUUGAUUCAGUUGGGCCUCUUUGCCAAUGAGGAUGAUGAUGACCACGAUCCGCAAGAAAAUGUGCAAAGGCUGAUUGUCAUGGUGGCGGACUUGCAACGAAAGGAACAAAAACGUCAAGUGGAUGUGGCGAUGCAUUUACUAGCCACAAUCGAAACCUUUACCUCCUCUGGAAGUGCUGGUGCUGGCCAAGAACAAAUACCAGACUUGGCGUUUCGACAAUAUUGCAAGCAACAAGCCAAGGCCAUAUUGGAAAAAUCAUUGUUUCGCGACGCAAGGCUUUUGCAAUUGUUGGGCGAACGAUUGGAACUGGCGGCUCGACAAUGGGAAGGAAAAAGUCCCUUUGGAUUGGUGAAGAAAGGUUGGUUGUGGACCAAGAGUUCCGCGGGCCUACUAUCGCAUCGACUGGAAUUUUACAAGGGUAUUUUUGGAUUGCUCCAAUAUCUAUUGAAGUAUAUGGAUUCCAUUCGACAAGGUGACUUUUCCUUCAUGGGGGAGGGGGAGGGCCAAGAUGGAGUAAAGCAUGACGAAGCGGAAGCUCCUUCCAAGGAAAUGGUUCCCAAAUUGUGGAGACUUUUGUGGCAUUAUACGACGUUGGAUGUUCAAUCGACGGUGGAUGGAGCCAGUUGGAAACUGUUGAGCGAUUCAAGUGUUAAUCGAUCAGAACAGGCGAACCGUGCCAAAGCACUCCGUAUCAUGGGACAAGAAUUUGCCAAGGUUGCCAAGGAAAAUGAUGGGAUGAUGACGGCAAUGAUGCAACCGUCGGGAAUGAAUCAUCAUUUGGGAGAGGAGUUCGAUGCUGAAAUUAUUAAAAACGAGGAUGAAAAUCUAUCAUUUACAUUUGUAACUGACCCAGCGAUGCGGUUGGAGAUUGCAAUGGCCGUUGCAAAGGAUCAGGUUGGUGAUAGCCCAAUCAAGUUAAGGAAGAAAGUACACGACUAUCUAAAGCAACAAGAGAAGACGAUAAAACGAUAG